AUGAUCUACUCCCAAAUUGUCAAAGAGGACAGAGGCUCCGAGGAGAUGGAAACAUUCCAUUUUGCUAUAGUCUGUUUUAUAUUAUCAGCUUUAGCUUUGUCAAGUUGUCCUUGCCAUGGUAUAACGAAUGUCAAUACAAGUUUGCAGUGCUCAGAAGCGGAUGGUUCUGCCACUGAGAAUGCAUUCCAGACGAAUCUCGAGAAUCUGUUGGAUACCCUUGUUGUGAAAGUGCCUGUAUCCAACGGCUUCUAUAAAACAGAAACUGGAAAGAAAUCCGACAAGCUCUACGGACUCGUACAAUGUAGAGGCGACAUGUCUGCCACUGACUGUGCUAAUUGCACCAAGAACGCCGUCGCAGCAGCCCUCAAGGAGUGUCCAAAGAGCAAACAGGUUUGUGCCUGGUUCACGUGGUGUUUUCUACGCUAUUCUAAUCAGAAUGUUUUUGGAAUUAUGGAUGAGACUUCAGUGGCCAUCACCAAUAAUACUGAUUUCGAUGAUCCUUCUGUGGUUUCUAAAGGAAUUUACUUCAUGGGUGGCCUUGCUUCCACAGCUCCUAAUCAGCCUCAUAUGUUCCAGAAAGCGGUGUUGGAUGUUGGACAAAGUGGGAAGAGGUAUGGCAUGGCUCAGUGCACUCUAGAUAUCAAUAGGGCUGACUGUGGCAAGUGCUUGGAUUCUCAAUUGGCGUUGUUUAGGACAAUUAUUGGCAAUAAAAGAGGUUGGGAAACGUACGGUUCUAGUUGUUUUAUGUGGUACCACGACUACCUGUUUUACUUCAACAUCUCGCCCCCUGCAAGUGAAGGUGCUCGAAGACCCUCUUCGCUUAUAGGAGUUACAAGUGGCGUAAUUAUUGGAAUGCUAGCACUUCUGGCAGUAGUCUAGUUUUCAAAUUGUUUGUCCUGCUUUCUCAGCUAGAAUAUGAAUGCUCAGGAUCUGCAGAUGAUAUUUUUUCAUCUGAUUGUCUAAUUUUCUAUAUGUAACCAAAGAAAAUUAGCUUUCAACCAUUGUUUUAUGCAGAAUCUUGAUGAACUGCUGCCCGCGUCCUGCAGAAGUUUGUUGCUUUUGUGUUCUUUUACUGGGACCGAUGAAUACUGAUUGUAAACCAGUAGAGACCUUAGGCGAACAAAGCCAAGCCAAGGAAAAACUAGUACAGGACCACAGGUGCUAAAACAAUUAGACGCCGCUACGCCUGCUCACUCGCUUCUUUUAAGUCUCAAUGCCUAUGUAAAAUGCUGUAAGUUCAAAAAAUCUCAGGACAAGGGGGGUCUUCAUACAUGUAGAUGCACAGAAAUUUUGGUCUAAACUCAUAUCACAAAACCAGGCCGUCCAUUUAGGAAAGAUCCUUUUAUUGCUUCGAAAUUCUGGUAUCAUUGGCAUGAAAUGACGCAUGCCCUGCUACCAAUAGCUACUAGUAACGAAUUUUGUAAUAAAAAUGAAACAUUCAUGUUUGUUUGUUUGUUUUUUUUAAGUAGCCAGAGCACUAGCUCCACAAAACAUUCCUGAAUCUCAACU